AUGAAGUUCCUACGUGCUCUCGCGGUGUUUGCGCUGGCAGCGCAAGCUGUUGCCAUGGCAAUUGGGGGAAAGCACAUGCAUGUUGAAAGAGAGAGCGGACUUCAGGAUAUUGUCACAUACGAUGAACAUUCCCUAAUGGUCUAUGGCGAGCGAGUAUUUGUCUUCUCAGGCGAAUUCCAUCCUUACCGUCUACCAGUUCCCGAUCUCUGGCUCGACGUCUUCCAGAAGGUCAAAGCCUUGGGUUUCAACGCUGUGUCAUUUUAUGUCCAUUGGGCCCUGCUCGAAGGGAAGCCGGGAGAUUAUUCUGCAGAAGGCGUCUUUGCCUUUGAACCCUUCUACGAGGCAGCCCAGACUGCCGGAAUAUAUCUCAUUGCUCGCCCCGGUCCUUAUAUUAAUGCAGAAUCGAGCGGUGGUGGUUUCCCAGGGUGGCUCCAGCGAGUCGAAGGACAACUUCGAACCCGAGCGCCAGACUAUCUAGCUGCUACAGACAACUAUAUGGCACACAUUGGGGCUUCUAUUGCAAAGGCACAGAUUACCAAUGGCGGACCAGUCAUUCUUGUCCAGCCCGAAAACGAAUACUCUGGCUCAGUUGGCCCAGUCACAGGGGGCUUCCCAGACCCUGUAUACUUCGCCUACGUGAAGAAGCAGUUGAGGGAUGCUGGGGUAGUUGUCCCAUUUGUGAAUAAUGAUGCUUGGGCUCAAGGACUUUUCGCACCAGGAGAGGUCGUUAAUGGCACAACCGAGGGAGAUGUAGAUAUUUAUGGUCAUGAUUCAUACCCUCUUGGUUUCGAUUGUGCUCACCCGUACACCUGGCCUUCAGGAAACUUGCCAACUUACUUCCAUGCUAGCCACGAGGAGCAGAGUCCUUCGACUUUCUAUUCUUUGAAUGAGUUUCAGGGCGGUUCCUUUGAUCCAUGGGGUGGUUUGGGAUUUGCUCAAUGUGCCGUAUUGCUCAACAUGGAGUUUGAGCGUGUCUUCUACAAGAAUGACUUUGCAGCCGGAGCUGCCCUCUUGAAUCUUUACAUGAUCUUCGGUGGAACCAAUUGGGGCAAUCUUGGACAUCCCGGUGGAUACACUUCAUACGAUUAUGGAUCGUCACUUACCGAGAACCGUGAAAUCUACCGUGAAAAGUACAGCGAACUGAAACUCGAAGCAAACUUUCUGAAAGUCUCGCCCGCCUACCUCACUGCAUCAGUGGGCAAUUCAGUAACCGGCCACUAUACAACAUCCUCCUUAGCAUUUACUACACCUCUAUUCGGCAAUGGAACGGCAACCAACUUCUAUAUUGUUAGACAUAACAGCUAUGCGGAAUUGACUGCUCUUACCUAUAGCCUUACUGUCUCAACUAGCAAAGGAGCCCUCACAAUUCCCCAAUUGGGUGGCAGCCUCGUAUUGAGCGCUAGAGACUCCAAAUGGCAUGUAACUGACUACGAUCUUGGUGGAAUCAAUCUCCUCUACUCGACCGCUGAAAUCUUCACCUGGAAGAAAUUCGGCCAGAAAACUGUACUAAUAGUCUAUGGUGGACCCGACGAACAACAUGAGUUGGCUGUUGACUCCCAGAGUCCUGCUAAGAUUGUCGAAGGUGCUGGUGUCACUACUAAGAGCACUACUGGUACGACUAUUCUCAACUGGAAGGUUUCGUCUACGAGAAUUGUCGUCCAAAUUGGAAAUCUAUUAGUGUAUAUCUUGGACCGGAAUACUGCAUAUAACUACUGGGUCCCCGACUUUGUGAGGGACGAUAAGUGGGGUGCAUAUACCGCCAACAUCGGCAACACUACCUCAGUAAUCGUCGAAGCGGGUUACCUCGUCCGCUCCGUCUACAUCGAAGGCACCGCACUCCACAUCAACGGCGACCUCAACGCAACCGUCCCCAUAAAAAUCAUUGGCGCCCCCUCCACUACCAAAGACCUACACUUCAAUAGCCUCAAAAUCCCCUUUACCACCGACCCAACGACCGGCGAAUGGUCCUCCACCCUCCCCUAUACUGCGCCUAUCAUCAACCUCCCGGACCUCUCCACCCUCGACUGGAAAUUCCUCGACAACCUGCCCGAGAUAAAACCCACAUACGACGACUCAAAAUGGACGGUCGCUGGCAAUACCACCUCCGUAAACCCAUACACAUUAAAAACACCCACAUCGCUAUUUAGCUGUGAUUACGGGUAUAACACAGGCGUGCUCAUUUACCGCGGUCACUUCACUGCCUCCGGUAACGAAAGCUCUAUCUACCUCUCUACAGAAGGCGGUUCUGCGUAUGGUUCUUCCGUCUGGCUAAAUAGCACAUAUCUCGGUUCCUGGCCCGGCAUCGACGCCGCAUCGAACCACAAUGAUACUUACUCGCUCCCGAACCUGAGGGUUGGGAAGAAUUAUGUGUUAACGGUGGUUAUUGAUAAUAAUGGGUUGGAUGAAAAUUGGGUUGUGGGUGUUGACCAAAUGAAAUUGCCGAGAGGGAUUUUGGAUUAUGAGCUUAGCGGCCGUCCUCAAUCCGCUAUAACGUGGAAACUUACCGGGAAUCUCGGCGGCGAGUCAUAUAUCGACAGAACCCGUGGUCCUUUAAACGAGGGGGGUCUAUACGCAGAGAGACAAGGCUACACUGCUCCCUUUCCCCCAAAUCACAAUUGGAUAUCAGGCUCUCCUUUGACUGGGAUUAAGAACGCGGGCGUGGCUUUUUACCAAGCAGAUUUCCACUUGGAUUUGCCGAAGAAUUAUGACAUCCCGUUGAGUUUUGUGUUUGGGAAUACGACGAUUGGGGGGAGUACGGCGGAUUAUAGGGCGCAGCUGUGGGUUAAUGGGUAUCAAUUUGGGAAGUAUACGAAUAAUAUUGGGCCGCAGACGGUGUUUCCUGUGCCGCAGGGUAUCCUCAAUUACCACGGCCAAAACUGGCUCGCCAUCGAGCUCUGGGCGCAACAAGCCACCGGCGCCUACCUCGCAAACUUCACUUUAGAAGCCGGCACUGCGGUCUGGACAUCCAUGCUCCAGCCUGCUAUGGCCCCAAUCCCUAGCUACAGCCAGAGACCCAGUGCCUACUAAUUUCAUUCAACAGUGGGCAACUCGGGGCGAUGGAGGUACUACAAGAGGUCGGCUUCGAGACAAUAGCUAGUACGGUUGGAUAGUAGCCCUGCUAAGUAAAGACGAGAACAAAAAUUUACAAAGACGAAGGCGGAACUAGAAGGGAAUAUCCAGGGUGUCCCUAAUAUUGUGAGUACACGCG